AUGGGAGGUGUUAUCUCAUGCAGCUUGAAGUUCGUUCUUCAAAUCUUUAAUACCGUCCUCUGCGUGACCUUCUUGGCCGUAGCACUGCUUGGCAUUCUGCUGAAAUCGUCGAGACCAGUAGUUGAACAGCUACUGGCGAAGAUUUUCGAUGAAUUUAAAGUCGGUGAUGACGACUUGCAUAUUCAUUAUGCUACGGUAUGGAUGACUACGGAGAAACGUGGCAAAACCCUGCCGCCACAACGCUGUAAUGGGAAGUCUGGAGGUUGCACUCUGAAGACAGCUGAAAGCAUUAAGAUGCCGGGAUGUAGAGAUAAGAUUGUACAAUUUACCGCAGAUAAUUUGAAGUUCCUAUUGUAUAUCUCCAUUGUUGCGAUUCUGCUAAAAACCGCUAUCCUCCCGAUUGUGGUGUUUGCGAUUUGCCUGUAG